UGGAAAGGCAAGCUACUCACGCACGUGGCCCAAUUGGAUUUGGAGGCCGAGAACAAGCUACUCGAAGCCGGUGACCCGGACCCGAAGGUCUGCAUGAGGGACUUCUUGGAGUCCACGCCGCCAUGUCUUACGGAUGCAGACGCGGACGCAGCCAUGAGGCAUGUCCUCAACUCGACCCUCCCAAACUCGUUUCUCUCGUCCCUACCGGACGAGCUGCGAAACAUGGAAGUGUGUCUCAUUUGGCAGCAUCUCGAACGGAAGUUUGCGAAUGGUGAUGCUGGAGGAUUGGUAGCGUGGUCGAAUCGGUGGACUCAGAUUCUGAACUCGAAUUGGAAAGACACCAUGACCCUGUUCUCACUGCUCAACCAAGCGCGGAACGAGAUGAAUCGGAAGUCGAAGAAGCUC